AUGCCCAUCACUACGUUGGGAGUGGGUGCCGCUGUCUCACCCACGGUGGUGAAGACUUACAUUUCUCACUACACCAACCGAAAGCCCCGACGACAAAAGCCCACUGCCCACAUAUCCUACGAUGAAGGGCUACAUCUAAUCCGAUCCUUUCUCAACUAUGCCUCCCACCAUACCGUCGAAGACUUGCAGGCAUUUACUGCUCAAUGGGUACCGAGUCCAUCCUGGGUCAGGACUGAGAACACCACCAUCUCCAGCGAACACACAUCUCAGGCUGCGAAGACAAUUAUCGACCAACUCGGACCGUGCGGCGUUCAGCAAGUAGGAGGCGCUCAGUGGUGGCAAUGGCGUCCCAAAGGAGCUGAGUUAAAAGCCGAGUGGAUUGAGAUGCGGGCAGACUACAACGAGCACAAGAGGAAUGGCACCAAAAGUAGAAGAAUCAUGCUGUACGUCCAUGGCGGCGGAUACUUCUUCGGCAGUGUUGACGCGCACCGGUACCAGAUGCAAAGACACGCUCGAAAACUGAAAGCCCGCGUCCUCGCACCGAGAUAUCGGCUGGCACCGCAAUUCCCCUUUCCAUGUGGCUUGCAGGAUUGCCUAGCGGUUUAUCUCUACCUUCUCGGAAUCCAUGACCCCACCGAGAUCAUUCUAGCAGGUGAUUCCGCCGGCGGGGGCAUGGUGGUGUCGAUGCUCUGCAUACUUCGAGAUCAAGGACUUCCUCUACCGGCGGGUGCCAUCCUCAUCUCGCCUUGGGUUGAUCUGACCCAUUCGUUCCCGAGCCUCCUUGGCAGUGACGAGUUGGAUUAUAUUCCCUCCCGUGGAUUUAUGCAAAAGCCGUCUGCGUCAUGGCCUCCUCCGAACGAAGAAGAACUCUCGACGAUCAUCAAACUGGCUACCGGCACCGGCGUAUCUGCGGAAGCCUCCAAACCAUCAGAAGGAAAACAUGGCUUCUCGGAGCCGAAGUUAUCGGGUUCCUCAAGCGAGCCAGAAAACGGGACAGAGCGUCAUGCCACCGUACCCGUCAAGAAUGAUGGCGAAGUGAUGCCCGGUUCUCAACUUCAGCUGUCCAUUGUCCUUGACGGGAAGCGGGUAACCUUGAAGGACCAAAUUCAAAUGUAUACGACCAAUCAGCUGUUGGCACACCCUUUGGUGUCUCCUGUGUUACAGCCAUCGCUUGGUGGCCUUCCUCCUAUUUUGAUUGUCACUGGUGGAGGAGAGAUCCUCCGGGACGAGCAGAUCUAUCUAGCUCACAAAAUGGCUCAUCCGUCCCAAUACCCCCUCGGAGCGGCUUACAGACCCUCGUACGACCCCGAAGACACCAUAGUGAAGAAGUAUAAACCAACUCCGGUUCAAUUGCAAGUGUGGGAAGAUCUUUGUCAUGUUGCUCCGACAUUGUCUUUCACCCGUCCGGCCAAAUUUAUGUAUCGGUCAGUGGCACAGUUUGGAGCCUGGGUCCUUGCAAAAGCCCAGAGAAGAGCCAUCGAGAUCAUGGACGAUGACAACAUCUCAAUCAUCUCUUCACGCUCGGAUUCUGAUUCACAGAUGGAAAUGGAGACCGGAUCUUCGUGCAACAAUCCGGCUACACGGAAACCAGACUCGAGCAAAACGACAGGGAGUGUGGGUCGAGCUGGUGAUCCGUUACCGCCUUUCGAGAACAACAUGAUUCGCCAACGGAUUGAUCGGUAUGGAAGAACCUAUCCUCUGGCUGAAGCGCCAAACCUGCCGGCCCUACAAAUGCCACCAGAUGAAGUGGGUGUCAUUAAACCCGGCCCUGUCAGGAAGUGGCUCGCGGCGAGGAAAGUGUGGGACACAAUGUACGCCAACACGAGCAAAAAAGUGCGCAGAGAGCGGACCAGGGCUCUGGCAAGUGGGGAGAUCAGAGGAUUUGAGGGUGGUGAAAGUCCUCCGCCCGGUGCGCUCGCUGGACGACGAACUGAUAAAGACCUUUUGAUCAAGAAGAAGAGGAAGAGCUACGGUCUGGCAAUGUGGAGUAUGUGGGGGAGUAAACACGAUGAAUCGACCUUGAAGAGAGAGGAAGAAGCGGUAGAAAUGGAGAAAUCGCAGGUGGCCAAAACUGAAUGGGGCAAUGACACUCAGGCCCAGUCUCAAGGCACAGAUGGACGAGUCGAGAUCCCCCCAGGCUCUGAUCGAACGACCCCGAUGGCAAGUCGACGACAAAGCACAACGAGGAGCCGAAGCACGAGCACAAAAUGUCGUGCAAGUGAGUCUCGAGGCCGUGGACGAAGACGCACCGUUUCCGUUGCAGAUACAGGACAAGUUGAAGGACGCGAAAUGCCGCUACCUUUACGAAUCCCGCCGAAUGUCGCUACCAAUCCCGCUCACGAAACCGUCCCCUCAAUGAUGCCCGCGCAGCCUCCAGCAACGACGACAGCAACCUCAAGCUAG